AGCAAGCACAUCUUCAGCAUGGCUCUUCCCAAGCGUAUCAUCAAGGAGACGGAGCGUCUCAUGGCCGAGCCGCCAUCCCCCACGAGGACAACUUGCGCUACUUCGAUGUCAAGAUUCACGGCCCUUCACAAUCUCCCUACGAAGCCGAAGCCUGCGAUACACAAGCCUUCUGACACACCAGCCANNGGCGGAGUCUUCAAGCUCGAACUGUUCCUGCCCGACGACUACCCCAUGACUCCUCCCAAGAUCCGCUUCCUCACCAAGAUCUAUCACCCCAACAUCGACCGUCUCGGUAGAAUCUGCCUGGACGUUUUGAAGAGUAGGACCAUGGCCGUCCCCAACAACAUCUCACACGCUAACCAUCCUAGGCNNAACUGGUCGCCUGCUCUGCAAAUCCGUACUAUCCUGCUCUCCAUCCAGGCUCUGCUCGGCGCGCCCAACCCUGAUGACCCGCUUGCCAACGAUGUCGCCCAAAGAUGGAAGAGGNACCAGAACGCUGCCAUCCAGACUGCUAGAGAGUGGACCCAGCAAUAUGCUAAGCCUUGA